CACCAGCCACGUCAAAUCGCUCUCACCAGUAUCGCAUACCUCCAAUCACGCGUCAGUUGAUCUAUUGAGCUACUACUGAUAUUCUGGGAAGCUCUAGAGAGCAAAAGCCCACGGCGCAAUGAACAUUCCCAACUCGUCCACCGCGCCCACCGCGGGCGAGUACGCUGGAGACGAAGUUUCCGCGAUUGUCCUGGACCCUGGCUACUCAACCACACGCGCCGGCUUCGCUGGUGAAGACGUUCCCAAGAGCGUAUGUCCUUCUUUCUACGGCCAGAGCGACAGCGACUCGUACCUGUUCGGCGAGAACGCGAUCCACUCACCAGUCGGCAACCUCAACACCAAGAAUUACUGGGGCUCGGAUGGUAUAGUGGAGGACUGGGACGCAGCGACAAAGCUAUGGGAGUACUCGAUCACAAGUCGACUCACCGGCGCCAGAGCUGGCGACCCAGCCAAGAACGGGCUCAACGACGACCCCCGCGCAAACGGUGAGUCAAUGGACGUGGAAAUGGAAGGCGUGGAGAACAAUGAGAAGCCCAUGGAGGACAGCCCUCUGCUGGUCACGGAACCAGGCUGGAACAGCGCAAAGGCGCGCGAGAAGUACAUUGAAAUCGCCAUGGAAGACUGGGGCGUACCAGCUUUCUUCCUGCAAAAGACGGGCGUCCUCGCCGCCUUCGCCUCAGGAAAAGCAUCUGGCAUAAUCAUCGACGUGGGCGCAUCUCACACAUCCGUCACCCCCGUGCUGGACGGCAUGGUGUUGCGCAAAGGCGUCCAGAAGUCGCCUCUCGCAGGAAACUUCGUCUCGCAGCAGAUCCGACAAACCUUCAAGACCGCUUCGCCCGAAAUCCCCCUCACGCCGCACUACCUGGUCAAGAGCAAGACGCAAGUCGACGCGGGCGCCCCAGCAAACGCUACAUACAAGACCUUCCCCGUCGCGCCCAGCGCAUCCUUCCGCUUAAACGAGGAAGAGCGCGUCCUCACCGAGUUCAAAGAAUCUGUCGUCGAGGUCUGGCCCGGUCCCGGACGCUUCACAAACGGGACCAACGAGGAGAUCGCCAAGUCUGCGCCGGGCCGUCCAUUUGAGAUGCCGGAUGGCUGGAACAACAUCUUCGGGAGCGAGCGGUUCAGGGUCGCUGAGGGGUUGUUCGAUGCGAGUGCAGCGUUGACUUCUGAAGCGAACCCCAGACCGAAGGAUGAGUGGACGAUUCCCAGGCUUGUGCAAGCAGCAGUCCAGCAUGUUGAUGCCGAUCAGCGGCCGUUGUUACUUGCCAACAUCGUCGUGACUGGUGGAAGUACACUGCUGCACAAGUUCAACGACCGGCUGAACUUCGAGAUCAACGCCAUCUACCCCUCGACAAGGAACAAGCUCAUCGCGCCGGGAAGCGUAGUGGAGAGGAAGUACGCGGCUUGGAUCGGAGGCUCGAUCCUGGCUAGUCUGGGCAGCUUCCACCAGCUGUGGAUUAGCAGGAAAGAGUAUGAGGAGCACGGCGCAAGCAUUGUGGAGAAGCGGUGCAGGUAGGUAGCUAGCUGUGCGUGUUUGGCGAGGAGUAUGGGCGUUUGGCAAAAGCGGGAAAAAGCGGGAGACUGUUCGAUUAGACGGGAGGAUACUCCAUGCGACGAGACGAAGCAAGGAAGGAGAUGUGAAGGUCAUGUCAUGUCAUAGUCGUGAUCGUAUUGCCUCGUCUAUCCGGCUUGUUACAGUACAUGUCUUCAUGCAUAACGCCGUUUGUCUCGUCACUCCGCACACUGCCGUCGCACCGAUCCCUUUGCGACCCUAUGUGUCGACGUCCAUCGUCUCGGCCGUCGCCGUGACCUGCUCGUCCUUGAGCUCCGACACUGUGACAUACUUGCUGAUCUCCUCCUUUGUGAUGAUCUUCUCGUUCAACACCGCUGUCGUGCCCUUCUG